AGCAACAUGUAAACAUUGGAGACCAGCUAGCUAUGCAGCAAUCAAGAUUGACUCGAAAUUCGACUAGUCUACAUUUAAACUCUGACCAAUGGAAAUUUUAAUUUAUCUGUUGUAUAGCUAGAUAAUAUGUCUAUGAGCAAUACCAAACUAAAUAGAAUAUUGUACUUUGCGUAGGAAUAUUGAUCGGGGGAAAAGAACAGCUCAAGAACAGGGGAUCGACUACAGUAUAUGAUGCUGAAUUUGGAGUGCAAGGACAGUAACGUUAGCCACGCUAGCUAGCUCUUUUGUCAGACCAGAUGGGAGCAAGCGCUUCAGUAUAUCUUUGUAACGAUCCAGCCACCGUGCGAAUUCUGAAGCACAAUGCUAAGAUCAGCCCUGAGCCUGUGGUUCCAGACCAAGGACCCCACGCCGGCACUGUGUUCGGAGUUGCCCUGGAAACACUUAGGGAUGAAAACCAGCUUGAAUGUGGGGUUCCCCUCGUACUGCAACACAUGGUUGAGUACCUGGAUAGAAAUGGUGUGCAUCAGAGAGGGCUGUUUCGUCUGUCCGGCUCUGUGGUGAGGACCAGGCUCCUGAGGCAGAGGUGGGACAGGGGGGAGGUGGUGGACCUGGAGCAGGAGGGAGACGUGCCCACCGUGGCUUCCCUUCUCAAGCUCUUCCUCAGGGAGCUCCCAGGGGCGCUCGUACCGGAGCCCCAGCGCAAGGACCUGGUCGCCAGCCUCGCAGAGGGGGCUGAUGGAGCACAGCUAAACAUGGCCCUGAGACAGAAGUUCAACAGCCUGCCUGCUGACAACCACAGCAUCUUGUCCUACCUCAUCCACUUCCUGUCCAGGGUGGCCUCUCACAGCCAGUCCAAUCACAUGCCAGUGGAGAACCUUGCCACAGUCUUUGGACCCUGUAUAUUCCAGGUCCCUGCCAGCCCCAGGAUGCUGGAGGAGCAGAGUGUGUGUAACGCCUUACUGCUGCACCUGCUCCGAAACCAGGCUGUCCUCCUCCACCCUCCCCCGGAGCUUCUGCAACCGCCCCGCCCUCCCCCUGCCUGGUACCCCACCCCCUCGCCCCCUCCCCCGCCCCUCUCGGCCCUGUCUCUUCCACAGGCUCAUCUCUGCCCCUCGCGCUCAGAGGACAGCGAGACUGGGCUGCAGGCCGACCACAGCCUGGACACCACAGGCACCAGCAGCACCAGUCACACGUGGACCCUCACAAACCUGCCCAGACCCGACCUCCUGGAUGUUGGCAGUGAGAGCAGUGCCCAGCGGCUGGUCUCAGACCUGCUAGAAAGAGGAAGAGAUGGAGAGGCUGAUUCUGUGUCUCUCUGCUCCACUGAUAUAGGAACAGUUUUCAAAGAGGACUGUUAUCUGGUUUCUCGGGAUCUGAAUCAGGACCUGUGGAGGUCUGAGCAACCCAGAGGCUGGUCGGAGAGCAGCCAGGCCCAGACCCAGGCCCAGACCCAGGCCCAGAACCGAGUCCCAACCCACAGUCAGCACAGCGAGAGAGUGACAUGCGGACGCUUGGAGCUCACAGAUGCGGAGAAGGAGCGAGGAGGAGGAGAAGAUGGCUGCAGCUUGUGUUGUGAUGACAGCCCCUCCCUGAAGCAGCAGGCACUGGAAACUGAGUUGGGCCUCCCGCCCCCGGAGGACCGACCCCCCAGAGAGGACCCCGGAACACGAUCCUCACCUGGCCCCUGUGUCAAAGACCCCCCAAGCCCGGCUGCUUCCUGCCUCCACGCUCCUCCUCCCCAGGACCGGAUCAUCACCCCUCCACACACAGAACCCGCCCCAGUCAAGCAGCUCUCCACUUCUACCUCCGAGGGGGGUGAAAGUCCAGACCCCCAGCCCCAGACCCAGUGUUCCCCCUGCUCCAGCCCCCUGCUCCUGCACAUCGCGGAGGGAGAUUGCCCCCUGCCGUCCCCUCGAUGUUCCAGCCUCAGCCUGAGUCAGCGCUUCAACACAGACCCCGACAGCGCGCCCUCCCCCCCUUGCGCACAGAUCAGGAUGGCUCGCUGCACUGUGAGGUCCCUGCCAGCGGAGGGCGCUCCCGAGGCCCUGUCAGUCACCAUGCUGAACAGACACGUCCACCAGCUGAGGAGGAGGAUCAGGCGCUUUGAGGAGCGCUUUGAGCAAGAGCGCCACUACAGGCCGGCUCAUAACGAUAAGACAGCCCACCCAGAGAUGUCCCGGCUGAUGAAGGAGAUCACCAGGUCACGCAAGCAGCUCAAAGAGCUGAAGCUACGUCAGUGUGUGGAGGGGCUGAGGGAUCAGGAUGGAGCUCUGGGUUCCUGCAGAGCCGCCAGCGGCCAGCAGAGGGCGGUGGAGCAGCAGCACAGCAGCAACAACAGCCGGCCCUCGCUGGAGGAGACCGUCCUGACCCUGACGCGCAGGCUGAGAGAGCGGCGGGAGGAGCUCCACCUGCCGGACGAGACCAAGGAGAUGAACCAGGCUCAGACGGCUCUGGAGAAGAUCAGCCUGCAGAAGUGCCUGUUGUACUUUGAGAGCCAGCAUGGACGGCCGAGCUCCAGACAGGAGCGAGCCCUGAUGAAGCCUCUGUACGAUCGCUACCGCCUGGUCAAGCAGCUUCUGUGCACAACGCCGUUCAUCACCACCAUAGAGGAAGAGGAGGGUUCUGAUGAAGAGUGUGUGAAGGCUGGCCCCCUGCCCCUCGCCCCGGCGCCACCACGCGCGCCCUCAGACGACACUCUGCGCGUGCCGCUCCAGGAUGCGACCGACACGCCCCUGGUGUCCCCUCUGGACGAGGUCAAAGGUCUUCAGGCUCCCAGCGUCACCAUAGCAACUCUCCACGAGGCACCAAGGGCGGAGCUUCUGGAGCAGCUGAAGGCCACGCGGGCUGAGAAGAGGAGAGUCCGCCUGCUGCUACGGGGCUUCGAGGAGACCUUAUACUCCCAGACGGGCCGGAGUGUCCAGAAGGAGGACCGUGGACCAAUGGCAGAGGAGUACUGCCAGUACAAAACCCUCAAAGGUAAGCUCCGCCUACUGGAAGCCCUGCUCAGUAAACAGGACACGCCCAAGACCUGCUGAGUCACCGUCUCUCACUGGGACUUUUAAUCUGAAAGGAGUUUUUUUUUUUUUUUUUUUUCAACACUCCAGGAGUUUUUUUUUCAGAGCGUUCAUUGUUAAAAGUGAGAUUUGGUGGUACUUCUCUUUUCAUGCCAUGCUUAUUAUGUCUAUGCACUUUAAAUGGUUUGAUGUCCACAAUUGGAGAGAGAGAUGGCAAAAUUUGAUUUUUUUUUAUAUGUUCUUCAACAACUCUCUUGUCUUGGUGACAUAAUAUAAAAUAUUGUUGUCAUGAAGCUAAUGUAGCAAGUGUACACGCCUUCAUUCCAAGAAGAAAAAAAUAACGGAUAUUAACAGUUGAUGUUAGAUACAUUUUAGCGAUUUAAAUGCUCUAUUUAUGGCACAUUAUUGUUUGUUUGUUUUUUUUCUUC